AAAUGGAGUAUUGGCAUGGGAAAUAAGCACCAAUACUUGAAAGAAAAGAGCAUUAUGGCAACUAAAAGCUCAUUUUUAUUAGGAAUUGUAGUCCUGCUCAUUUUUAGUUGGCAGGAUUCAACCAACUCUCAAAAUACUCCUGAGCAUCUUUAUGCAUUUGAUAGUAGUUAUUUUCCAGAUGGUUUUCUUUGGGGAUCAGCUUCUGCUGCUUAUCAGGCUGAAGGUGCUGCUGAAAAAAGAGGAGUAAACAUAUGGGACACAUUCACCCAUGACUAUCCCGAAAGGAUAGAUGACGGAAGCAAUGGAGAUAUCGCGACUGAAUUUUAUUAUUUAUAUGAAAAUGAUACCAAAAGAAUGAAUAAACAAUUGGGUAUGAAUGCUUUCAGAUUCUCCAUUUCAUGGGCAAGAGUAAUACCUAGUGGGAAUAUAAGUGCAGGAGUAAGCGAGGAAGGCAUUGACUUUUAUAACAGAGUUAUCAAUGAGACUAUUAAAAAUGGAAUGGUUCCUUUUGUCACCAUAUUUCAUUGGGAUGUUCCUCAAGAACUUGAAGACAAUUAUGGUGGCUUUAGAAGCUAUAACAUAGUGUCCGAUUACAAAGAUUUUGCCGAGCUUUGCUUUCAAAGAUUUGGAGACAGAGUGAAACAUUGGAUCACUUUUAAUGAACCACAUAUUUUCACUUCACAAGGCUAUGAUUUGGGUAUUUUGGCUCCAGGCCGAUGUUCAGAAUGGGUGAAUAAGGCAUGCGCUGAAGGAGAUUCAGGAACUGAACCUUACAUAGUGGCUCAUCAUUUGCUCCUUGCUCAUGCGGCAGCUGUUGCAUUAUAUAAGGAACAAGGUUUUGAUGGCGAGAUUGGUAUAACACUAGAUAUAACAUGGGCAUACCCUUACUCCAACAGCACGGAUGAUAUUCGAUCCGUCUAUCGAUACGUUGAUUUCGUAUUUGGUUGGUUUAUGAGCCCCGUAACCUACGGUCAUUAUCCAAGAAUAAUGCGAGAGUUAGUUGGAGAUCGGUUGCCAGUUUUCAAUAAAACUGAAUCUAAAUCUCUCAAAGGAUCCUAUGAUUUUGUUGGUAUAAACUAUUAUACUUCAAAUUAUGCAUCUGCCAAUCUCAUUCCUGAUCCUGAUCCAACUCAUGUUAGAUAUACAACAGAUAUGCAAGUUAAUUUGACGAUAUAUGAUACAACUGGACAAUACAUUGGAAUGCAGGCUUCUCCAUCCUGGUUGUAUGUUGUUCCGGAAGGAAUUGAAAGUGUUAUGAAGUAUGUCAAAAAUGAAUACAAGAAUCCAAUCAUUUACAUAACUGAGAAUGGAGUUGGCGAUGCAAUAGAUCUUUCUCCAACGGACGCCCUUAAAGAUAUGUGGAGAAUAUCAUAUCAUAAUCAGCAUUUGUGGAAACUUCUUAGAGCUAUUUGCGAUCACGGUGUUAGAGUAAAAGGAUAUUUCGCCUGGGCAUUCAUCGAUAAUUUCGAGUGGUCAAAUGGUUAUACCGUAAGGAUGGGCUUGUACGCUAUAGACACCAGCAAGAAGCUCAUGCGAACUCCAAAACUCUCUGUUAAUUGGUUUAAAGAAUUCUUGAAGGAUAAAGAUUCUACUGGAGGUCCCAAAUGCACUAUUCCAGAAGUCGUCCAAUCUUCUGUAGAAGCUGAUGAAGAGCUUUAGAUAUAAAUAUAUGCUUUGUUUUCUAAUAAAGAGAGAUUCCAUAGUCUUUCAAAUUGUUUUCUAUUAAAUAAGCUUGAAGUCCCUGCAAAAUAGUCUAAUUCCUAUGAUGGGGACAAAUGUUAUUCAAAUUUAUAAAUUUUAUGUUGCAAUUUUCUUUUCUCAUGUUAUAAUAAUAAUAUAAAAAUGUACUUGUUUUUC